AGGCAGUUAAAAACACUGCUAGGCAUUUCUGGUGUCUAUCUAGUUUUGAUUAUACGUAUCAAAGGUGUGAUUUGUGAUUAUAAUCAGUGAAUUGAUUGUACAUCUUGAUUAUUAGACUAUUAUUGAGUUGUAGCUUACAAGCGGUGGUCUAAUUGAUUGUCAUCUCAGUGGGAUGAAACAAUUAAUGAUAAUGUUUAAUCAUCACUUUUUUCUUGCUUUCACUCAUUCUUUAUUAUCCUCUUGGUUGCUACUUUGUUUCCUAAAGAUAAUUAAUUUGUUAACUUUCGACUGUUACUAACUGUUGUUUUAUUUCAUCUAUCAUCUCACUUGUUAAUUAAUUUAAUAUGUCACCUAAUUCAACCAAAUUAACUGAAUAUCUCCAACAGAACCCGAUUGCCCGGUCGUUCAUCAUUGGUUCCUUCAGUUCAUCAUGUUCAACAUUGUUAUUUCAACCUUUGGAUCUACUUAAAACUCGUAUGCAAAAUAUUGAAUAUUUAGCCAAUUCUUCUUCACCAGUUGCUAUGCAUAGGAUGAGAAUGGUAUCAACUUUUACUGAUGUGGUUCGAACUGAAAGUAUCAUUGGAUUAUGGAAAGGAACUGUUCCGUCUCUUUUACGUUGUAUUCCCGGAGUUGGACUUUAUUUUGCCUCACUCCAUCAACUUCAAACCCUAAUCACUGGUGCCAAUCAGAAACCAUCAGCAUCUCAAGCCAUGCUUAUUGGACUUUCUGCACGUUCAUUAUCAGCAUCGAUUUUACUUCCCGUUACCGUGAUUAAAACUCAUUAUGAAAGUGGAAAUUUCUCAUAUAAUAGUAUUCCAAAUGCAUUUAAAUUAAUUUACCACCGACAUGGUUUCCGUGGACUCUAUUCCGGAGCCUUUCCAACCAUAUUAAGAGAUGCUCCUUAUUCUGGAAUCUAUUAUAUGUUUUACAGUCAACUUAAAAAUAUUACAACUUCAGAUCAUGAUGACAAGCGACAACCCAGUCUGAAGACGUUCAUAAAUUUUACUUGUAGCCUUAUUUCAGGUAUUUUUGCUUCCAUUAUUACCCAUCCAGCUGAUGUUGUAAAGACCAAAAUGCAACUUGAUCCAAAAGGAUUUCCUGAAUUAAGUUCAUCGGUUGCAAUAAUAUUUAAAGAUAAAGGAUCAAUUGGUUUCUUUAUUGGGUUAACUCCACGAUUAAUGAGAAGAGCUUUAAUGACUGCUUUUACAUGGACUAUUUUUGAACACUGUAUUCGUACGUUAGGAGUCAAAUAAUGUGUUCAACUUCCUAGGAAUAUAUUCAUUUUUAUCAUGUUAUCUUGUUAUCUUGUUAUCAUCUUCAUACCAAUCUCCUCCUCCAAAAACUUGACCUUUUAUUUAUUUGCCUAUUUCUUUUGUUAUUUAUAUGCAUUUAUUUAUUUGUCAUCAUUCACGUUCAAGCAUUCAAGAUGCAAAUUAAAGCCAAAAUCUUAUUGAUUA